AUGAUUUCCUCCAAGACUCCUGUUAACCUUGCCGACAACUCUCAACGACCCACGCAAAAUCUUGGUAAGAUGGCCAUCAAGUCGACUCGGAUCGUCCAUAUUCGCUGGCCCGCAGGAUCUUCACGGCUCGAAACAUUGCCAGCCGAGCUUCUCAACGUGAUUACGGACGAUCUAGUACUCGAAACUGACCUCGAUCAUACUGGCGCAAGAAGCCGGACAGCCUACAAGGACGGCUUGAGCAAUUUGGGGCGCUUAUGUUCGGUCUCCAAGUGUUUGGAUACCAAGAUUCGACCUAUCAUGUUGAGGAAGGUCUCCAUCUAUCGGUCGAUCGAGCUCAUCCGCCUCUAUCGUACCCUGACCGAGAACCCCAUGUUAGGCGGAUACAUCCGGCAGCUGGUAUUGGCCACCCCCUUUAGCCGACAAGAGAUUGAGUACGAAAUGCUUCAUUUCCACGUCUUGCACGGCGUUGAUUCCGAUUUCGAUUUUUCACAGCCUCACGCGUCGGGCAGCAUGACAACUCGGAUGGAGAACAAGCUACGGUUCGACCUCUAUCUCAAGGUUCUCAACAAAGCUCCGAACGUGACGAAAGUCGCGAUUGAUGCGCUAUCGUGGUCCGUCCGUGGCCUCAAUGAUAAGCAACUGGCUCUCUUCAGAGCCGCCAGCGACAUGCUCGACAACCUGGCAGAGAUGCCCGAGACCCCGCUGUUGCAGAUGCCCGAGGAUGUGAAAACCGUGAACAUUAACGGUCCAGUUCGAGGCUUGGUGGAGGCAUUGCCAAGUCAGCUUGCCAAGAUCUGGUCGCAGACGUCUAAAUUGGAGACAUUGGUCUGGACAAGAGACGAUUCGGCGUGGUUCGACAACUUACCAAGCCGAAGUCUGGAGCUGGAAGGUACUGGACCCAAGAGAAUGUGUACCAGUCUGACGACUCUCAAACUCCUCGUCAGUGCCUGCCGCCUCUGUGACAUCGCCACCGUAUGCGACUCCUUCCCCUUCUUGAAGCGUCUACAAAUAGUCCAGAAUACUUCGCGCGAUGACUUCAACAAGGAGGACCUAAGAAACUCCAUGCCGUACACGGAGCAAGUCUCUCUGACAAGCAGCAUUGCGAGUCUGCGGCAACUCGAGGCCCUCCAUCUGGACCCUCUUGCUGCACCGGAAAACGCCCAGGUUCUUGGAGAUGAUGGUGCCCUCAACCUGUCCUCGCUCCCGAAUCUGUCCGAGGUGACCGUCUCAUUUGGACUUUUCGUGGCCGAGAAGCCAUUCAAGAGCACUGGCAGCAAAGCUCACCCAUGUCUGGUCCUGCCCCAAUCUUUGACCAGACUGACCAUCUCAGCACGGGGCUUCGUGCGUGAGGCCGGAAUCACUCUCAUGCAGUUCCUGGAAGAUCUCCGCGCCGCCUGCUGUUAUCAAUUCCCCCACCUGAAGCAAAUUGUGUACAUCUACAGCGCCAAACUACCGGCUAUGGGUCCCGAGCCUGUGUGUCUCUGCGGACGCAUUCCACACGAGUCCUUCUGCCCUUACGACAGCGAGGCAGGACUGUCGAUUGAUUACCUGCCAUGGAUUUCCGCCGACAGCUUUGCGGCUCUCGUGACAGAGUUCAGACAGCGCGGCAUCCAACUCAUCAUGAAGAAGAGAAAUGCAUGCGAUUCAGGAGCGACGUAUGGCACAAAUGAUGCGAUAUUCGGCUAG